AUGACUUGGCGAAUCGUAACCCUCCUAUUUUCGGUUUGUAAUCAGGACGAUCAAUACCACUCAGUGUUGACGCCACGUCCAAGUACAGCUUUGUGAGAACAAUCUUUUCAAGAGGAAGUAUGACCAGUUCAAAAAUAGGGCGUGUGGAAUCACUUCAUUAUCCCUCUGGGUUACGUGUUACCUUUCUUCACGGGGACAUAACCCUGGCUCACGCUACCGCCGUGGUGACGGGCGAAAACCAAGACUUUCUUGUUGAGAGUUCAGUGACCAAAGCACUAAUCCAGAAGUCCAAAGCCUUUGAACAUUUGAGAAAUAAACUCAGACAAGGUCGUUUAUCUAAUGACUUAUGGACUGUAUAUCCGGCGUUUCUUGGAAUGCCAUUUACAUAUGUUCUGUUUGCAUUUCUCGAACGCAUGGACGGUGAUGAAUGGAUGAAGGGUAUGAAAUAUCUGUACAAAGACAUCUUCAAAACUGUUGAAAACUUGGAUAUUGCAACGUUGGCUAUACCGUUGUUAGGCGCAGGUGUGGUCAAAAGGGAAGACUCGGCGAUAAUUGCAGCCGCAAGAUCCUCUGUUAAAUACAAACCAAGCAAGCGCAGGGAAAUCAUUUUCGUUGCAUCAAGUUUUGAUAGAGCAGACAAAAUGGCUACACAGUGGAAGUAUGAAUUGCAUAAAGAGUCAACCAAAGGCAAUUUGUCCCGUUUCGUAUCAGCUGUUAAGGAUACAUUCGAGGUUGCCCCUCCAGACAGAAUUUAUGAGAGGCCGCGAAGAAACAGUACAAGGCAUGACCGAGAUAUAACGGUAUCCCAGUCGAAAAAGCAAGGCCACCCCAAAGCUUCCUCGAUGAACAAAAACGAGAGCCUGAGUUUAAGGGAACGUGAAAACAUCGACAGGGCCAUAGCAGAGUCAUUAGAAGCCGAAACCAAGCGCCGUAAUUCAACCAAACGGGAUCACCGGCCGCGAAGUUAUGGUCAGUAUGGUAACCAAGGUCAUUCUGCAAGAAAAGCAAGUUACAGGGAGGGAAUGUUCCGAAAUUUCCAAGAAGACAAUUCUGUCUGGGAGAACACUACUGAUGAAGAAAUGAGGGUCACCGAGAUGCAAGCAAGUAGUGAUGCUGACACUGUCCCUAGCAGCACCACAGAGGAUGACAGUCGAAGUAUCAGUGACUCCGAGAAUAUGUUAACUUGUGCAAUAUGUUUGGGGGUCAUCAUUGAUCUGAAACAACUGGACAAAUGUUAUCACAUCUUCUGUAAAUCGUGCAUAGAUCGCAGUUUCAGAGAGCACAAGCCUGUUUGCCCCACAUGCAACAUGGUGUAUGGGGUUAUCAAAGGUAACCAGCCAGACGGGACGAUGAAAGUUGUCUACAACAGCACUCCCCUUUCCGGCUAUGAAGACUGGGGGAGCAUCCAAAUCAACUAUGACAUCCCGAGUGGUAUACAAACGACAGGACAACCUGACCCUGGUGUGGCAUUCAAGGGAAUCACACGACGGGCAUACCUCCCAGCCUGCCCGGAAGGAAAGGACAUUCUAAGACUUCUCAGGAUCGCUUUUGACAGGAAGUUGACCUUUACCGUCGGACGUUCUACAACAACCGGUCGGGAAAAUGUCGUUACAUGGAACGACAUUCAUCAUAAAACAAACAAGGAUGGUGGGCCGACAAGAUUUGGCUAUCCAGAUCCCACAUACCUGACUCGAGUUCGUGACGAGCUUGCCAGCAAGGGUGUCACAGCAGACAAUGUCUAGACGCUGGGGAACAGAUCAAGGUUGAUGUUUAUGGACCUGGUGUCACCUCAGCAGCCAAGAAGCACUUUGAUUCGUUUUCAAAAUAGACGAAUUUGUUAUAGCUCUGUCGAUACUAUUUACUGAUAUAUUAUUCAUCUGACACAGUAAAUAUGAAACGACAACGCCAGUGGAUAAUCAGGCUAAUUAUCUGGUCGUGGUCUGUGCAUUUUAUUUUCUGAAGGGAGGCUGAGAAGGAGUAAGAAAUAAUGGGUAAUAAAGAAAUUAUAACACUCGCCUAUGUCUCAUACGGAUUUUACGAAAAUUGUGAAAGAAUACAUGUAUUACCUUCGUUCUCGCUCGGGACAUACAAGAAUUCUGUCACUCGUUUCGUAAAAUCAGUAUUCGUAAGUAUCUAUUUAGUCAAUAUGUAUCAGGUACGCUGAGUGAUGGUCAUCAUUGUGCUGCAAACACUUCUUAAUAGUUUACGUUGUCAUCAUAUAUACAUAUUUCCAUGGAUAGCUAUUUUAAUAAAAAAAAUUAUUAGUAGCUUUAAUAUGCAUAGGGUUAGGGAAACGUUUUACGUGUGUCGUACCCAUUCAUAUUUCCGAAAUUCAAGCUGUUUUCCUUGCGAUUUAAUGACACUUUGUGCACAUAUCAACCAUGCACUGAGGUUGUGCGAUGACCACAAUCGUAUUAGUCUCCUAACCAGACAGGCUCAAGUAAUGCCUCUGACUAUAUUGAAUUCUAGAAAGCCAACACUGCGCACAUUUGACAACUUCCUUUUUCUGUUGUAACUGCUAUUACCUACUCAUUAUUCAUUUACAGUAGUGCGUUUGUAAAGGGCAAAUGGGACAUUUAAUAUUAUUCUUUAACAAAUGUGUGUGUGUGUGUUUUCACAUUAUGCCUAAUACUCUCAUACGUUCUUUUAUGUCAGUAUAGUGGAUUGGUAUUUCUUGCCUUCAACUCUAUUUCUUGUUAAUGUACUUGUUUAUGUCAUGGUUAAGACAUGUUCUAGUCAACUCGGAAUCAUUGAAAAUACUCUGACCUAUUUACAAUUCCUCUAAAAGAAGUAGGUAUGAUGAAAGGUUCCAGUUUUUAUCAGCAAAAAUCAUCGUGUCGGCUUGACGAUGGCGGAAGACCAAUAGUUAUGAAGGUCUUAGUCGUUUACCGGGGCGAUCGGGUCUGGUGGUUAAAGCGUUCGCUCGUCACGCUGAAAACCCGGGUUCGAUUCCCGAUAUGGAUACAAUGUGUGAUAUUGCUGGAAUAUUGCUAAAAGCGUCGUUAAACCUAACUUACUCACUGGUCGUUUACCAUUUCGAUGAUGCCCAUGAAUGACAAACCUAGAAACCCAUUCAAGGCGAACCGGGAUUCGAACCCACGAACAAGGGUUUCUGACACACCUAGGGGACGCAACUCCGUAAAGCGAUUUGCAAGGCCUUAGACAAAUGGGACACCAAUGUCCACUAAUCCUUUAAGAGACAUUUCUCGGAUCAUUUCGCAAAUAAACACAAAUAUGUCCGUCUUAAGAAAUAAAUCACUACACUUCAUGGAAAA